GACAUUUCUGACAUAAGAAGAUAACCUCAAAACAAAAGGCUGAAGAAACAUGCAUUUUGUUUUGAAUUUUAUGAGAUUUGAGUAAGAUUUUUGUUAAAACAAUGAAAUCCAAGUCAUUUGACUUGAAAAAAAGUCCAGCAGAGAAGGGUAAACCUAACAAGACUUUUGAUUUUGUGAAUUUAUAUAAGAGUACCGCAGAAACUAAUGUUAUACUGUUAGGAAAGCCGAAAACAGUCGAAAAUCUGGACAGGGAGAACAGUAUCAAUUCACAGACAGAGACUGACGCUGGCAAACGAGAACGGUCGCCGAACAAAAAGAAAAAGAAGGGCAGGAUUGACUCUCUGAAUAUCACGCACGUUAAUAUAGAUGGGCAUAAUUUGAAUACCUCUGGCAGAACUUCGCCUGCGACUGACUCGAGGGCCACGUCCACACCUUAUGCUAACCGCAAAACUAACAGCACAACACCUAAAGUCAAGUCAAUUAUGAAAAACUCUGUAAUUAACUCUGAAGAUGGCAUGGAUGGCUCACAUGUGGAAACUCCAGUUAGCAAACCUAAAAAGAGAAAUAAAUCUGUAAGUUUCAUGUUGGAAGACUCUGAAGAGACUGCCACCAAAAAGACGAAAUCUGAUGACUCUCUUAAAGUUGAAAAGAAAAAUAAGAUUGCCAAAGUUAAACCUGGUACAGACAUUGAAAAGAAAAAACUUAAAAAGAUGAAAAAGCACCUGCAGGCUGAAAAAGAGAACAAAACUAAUGUAAAUAUGGAAACUGACCAAAACACAGAAGUCCCAGAGAAAAAGUCUAAAGCAAAGUUUGAUAGAUCAAGAAGCUUCACUGAUGGGACUGGAGAUUCUGCCUCCGAUGGACAACCUGUUGCUGCAGAAAAAAAGAAAAAGUUAAAGAAAAUUAAAAAGCGGAAAAAGGCUGAGGACAGCUCAGAACCUACAGAGAAUGACAGUAACAACAAUGAGGAUGUAUCAUCACCAGAUAAACCUAGGCAAUUAAAAACGAAGAACAGAGUAAAACCUGCACAAACUGAGGAGAGUGUUGAGGGAGAGCCUGCUACUAAAUUAAAAAAGGAAGUGAAACCUGAAGUUAUCGCCGAGGACCUGGAGAACCUUAGCAUUGGCGAUAAUGCUCACACUCUGACCAACUUAUUAGAUGAAAUGACUGUAGUAGACAAGAACAAGAAGAAGAAGAACAAACUCCGCCGUAAGAAGGAUAAGAAACCGGCCAGCGUUUCCAGCAGUGAAACAGCUGAUUUGGAGAAAAUUGAAGAGGGGAAAGAGAAGGUGAAAUGGAAGAAGCGUAAGUGGAACAAGGACAAGAAAGGAGAUGUUGAUGACGGUGCACUGGCUACAUCGGUGAUUAUAGACAAUUUGCCAUUGAAGAUCAUGUGUAGCUAUAAGAACCUUUUGGCAGAUCACUUUGGCAAGUUAGGAUUGAUCAAAAAAAUUGGGAUUGCAGAAGUAUAUCCUACAGAAGAACCCAAACCUGUGUUCACCACAACAAUAAUGUUCUACAGUGAUGGAGCAGCGGCCAAGGCUUUAGAAGAAGACAACACUACAUUCGAAGGCAGCCGCAUCCGCGUGAAGCGCCCGCUGCCGCCUACGCAGACAACCCUCGUGGUGCGCUCCUAUGGCGAACUCAAUGAGCAAAGCCUCAGCUCCGUGUUUACAGGCGCGGGCCGCAUCCGGAACAUUCGACACCUUGCUAAGGGCAAGAAGUCUAUGGCUACAGCAUUCAUCGAGUUCGACGGACCGGAAGCAGUCGAACGCGCCUUAAAAUUGGCGGUAGAUGCGAAAAUUGGCGGGAAGAAGAUUCAUGUUUCAAAAUUCGAAUUGCGCGGCCCCAAAAAGGAGAAAAAGUCUACGGGCAAUCCUGAGAGCGAGAACGAGGGUGACAGCGAAAAUUCCAAUGACUAAACAAUUGCAUUAUUUAGAUUAGAAUAAUAUAUUUGAAAUGCUGUAAUAAUUCCCGUGGUGUCUAAAGUAAUGUUUAACAUUCAUUUAAGUUGAGAAUGGUGCCUAUUCGGGCGCAUACAAACUUAACCUAAUUUUAGUUUGACAGCUCUUAAACUAGUACCAUCCUUCACUUACAAUACGUGCAAGAAAGUUGUCUUCUCAAAUCAAGCUAAUUAAAUUGGUGGUUGCCCAAAUCGACAACAUUAUCAGGUUCAAAACAGUCUUGUAACAUCUGAGACAGUCUAAAAUAUCUCAGCUAACGCCCCAGGCAUUAUUACCAUUUUAACCUAGCUAUAACAUUUUGAUACGAUAUUUGACAUGAUACGAUUUUCCAACUACAAAUGAAAUUGUAUGACAUUGAUCUAUUUUGAUAUUAGUGGCUCGUAUAUUUGUAACGUUCGUCCCCAACUCAUGUGCCAAAAUAUAUAAAUGUCUCAUUUUUUGCAAAUGACAAGUGAAAUGGUUCACGUAGCACAUAAACUUGUAUACUUGUUAUAUACUUUUGCACGCGAAUCGGAAACGAAUAAUUCAAAAAUACGGCUCCGUUUCGUCGGCCUCGAUAGCGGGUAGUGGGGCGGGAGCGGUGCCGUGUAGGAAAAAAUAUUUGAAAAACCAACGAACUUUCCAAGCGAAGUUCGGUUUUCAUUCGACGCGAUUUAUUUGGUAUCCCAUCGUUCUCAUCCCGCUAUACGCUAUACUCAAGUCGCGGCCUAACAGUGAUAUUAUGAAUGUGCCAAGGCGUGUUCUACGUUUUAUUUAGCUUUUUUAUAAGUUUCAAGCUAGUUUUUAACUCGGGGAGAGCUUGUAAAGACUCCUCAAUUAUGAAAUUGCGUAAGAUGUUGAUAUGAUAACGUUAUGGUUUUUUGAUUGUCUUUCUACGACUAUAGCAUUCAAUACGCCGUGUGAUAGGUAUUUCAUAAUUAUGUGAUAGGAGAGGAAGGUUGAUGCACUAAACCAGUUUAGAAUAGUACAAUAAAGUUCUGUUUUGUGUAAUUUUGUAUGAAUAAACAGAAUUGUUGAUUUUA